UGAUCCCUGAUAAUUAACGACCGCUGUGUGAUUUAAAUGGGCAGAUGGACGCGCAGGCAAAGUGGUCAAAGUUAAAGUGGUCCCUAGGCGAUUUUCGGGAACACGCUCUCGCCCACACGUGCCCGCACCUGCAUACACUUAGUAGCCUAGCUACACGCGCACACACGUGAUUCGCUCACACGCACGCGCGCGAGCCAGAUCUGUGCCUGGAGACCGUGAUCUCAACGUGCUCACUAUUCCAGUCAUGGACUGCAGCGAGCGGGGGGACCAUUAGGAGACGGUGGGCAAGAAAAAAAAAAGGCGCUUUAUUUGCAACACACGGAGGAUGUUGGUGCUGUCUCACCACCCGGAUCGGACACAUGCUCCCUGACAAGCGGAAUUAUUACUAAUAGCUGCGCUUAUGUAAUCAAUGCGCCGGGUUGCUGUGUGUGUGUAUGUGGGGAGGGGGAAAUAGCACCCUGUAGAAUCUUCCCAUUUGACUUAAUAGAGAAUACUGUAUGCCAUAUGCUCUUAGAGGAGCCUAUGACAACCCAUUUGUCCUGAUGCGACGCAUGUGAUGGUUGCAGUGGGACGGAUAUCCUUAAUUUUAUCCAAUAGGCGUCCUCAGGUUUUCUUUUUUCUUUUUUCUUUUUUUUUUUUUUGUAGGACGGUUCUGCACCCCGUUCGUUCUGCGCUGACCUUAUCAGCAACGCUUUAAAUGGAGGAAACCACCGGUGGGAGUCAGUUUUGGACUGUGACUCGUCUGGAGAGGAAGAGGGGGCCUAUUCGGACUUGACCAUCUAAAACUCUGCAGGAUUUCCUCCUCUCAAGUCCAGAGGAAUACCUUCAAGUCCAGGGGGGCUACUGCUGGUCCUCUUGAGCGUUUUUCCCCCGCUCGCUCAUUGGCGCUCGUUGCAUCCGAGGGAAUGGUAGCCGCACCGCAGAUCCACGCAACUCUUUCUGAAUGUUUGGCAUUUUUCGCUGGCGAACAUUUUGACUUGUGAUCGAGAAAAGACGCGGACUGCAGCAGCCUCUAAUCCCUUUCACAUGGAGAUUUGUGCCUCGGUCGUACUGCAAAUCUUGAAAACGGGGACCAGGGCCCUGCUGCUUUUUCAUUCGAUCAACCUCAAUUUCUUUUAUUCGAGAAAAUGCAGAACACAAACAGCGGAUGAACUAUGAAUGCUGAACACAAUGAUCUCUUCCCUCCAGCGCCAGACAAUGAGAGGUCGUAGGCUGAAGGGGGCACUAUCCAACCCCCUCUUUGUGCUGCUUUUGGCCCUUCAGAUCCUGGUGGUGGCUGGGCUGGUUCGUGCUCAGACCUGUCCUUCCGUCUGCUCAUGCAGUAACCAGUUCAGCAAAGUCAUAUGCACGCGCCGCAGUCUAAGGGAUGUUCCAGAUGGCAUUUCUACCAACACUCGCUACCUGAACCUCCAGGAUAACCUCAUUCAGGUAAUCAAGGUGGACAGUUUUAAACAUCUGCGCCAUCUGGAGAUCCUACAACUGAGCAAGAACCACAUCCGCAGCAUUGAAAUUGGCGCCUUCAAUGGGCUGGCCAGCCUCAACACCUUGGAGCUCUUUGAUAAUCGGCUCACGACAAUCCCCAAUGGAGCAUUCGAGUACUUGUCCAAGCUGAAAGAAUUGUGGCUAAGAAACAACCCCAUCGAAAGUAUACCAUCUUAUGCCUUCAACCGGGUCCCCUCGCUUCGAAGGCUGGAUCUAGGUGAGCUCAAACGUCUCUCCUAUAUUUCUGACGGGGCUUUCAAGGACCUGAGCAAUCUCCGCUACCUGAACCUGGGAAUGUGCAAUCUCAAAGAGAUCCCCAAUAUCUUACCUUUGGUAAGGCUUGAAGAGCUAGAAAUGUCAGGUAACCAGCUUUCUGUUAUAAAGCCCAGUUCAUUUACAGGGCUAGUGAACCUCCAGAAGCUGUGGAUGAUGCAUGCCCAGAUUCAAACUAUUGAGAGGAAUUCCUUUGACGAUCUUCAGUCACUGGUAGAGCUCAACCUGGCUCAUAACAAUCUUACAUUUCUACCCCAUGACCUCUUCACACCGUUACAUCGCUUAGAGCGGGUCCACCUCCAUCACAAUCCUUGGAAUUGCAACUGUGAUAUUCUGUGGCUCAGCUGGUGGCUGAAGGAAACUGUACCAGCCAAUACCAGCUGCUGUGCACGUUGCCAUACUCCCUCAGCGUUGAAAGGUCGCUACAUUGGAGAACUGGACCACAGCUACUUUCAGUGUGAUGUCCCUGUUAUUGUGGAGCCACCCAGUGACUUGAAUGUGACCGAAGGCAUGGGUGCAGAGCUUAAAUGUCGUACAAGCUCGGUGACCUCCAUCAGCUGGCUCACACCAAACGGCUCACUGGUGACUCACGGGGCCUACAAAGUGCGUUUGUCUGUCCUCAAUGAUGGGACGCUGAACUUUACUAGCGUCACAAUGCAGGACACUGGGACUUACACCUGUAUGGUUAGCAACACAGCAGGCAACAUUUCUGCCUCCGCUGUGCUUAAUGUCACUUCUUUGGACAGCAGUGGGGUGACCUAUUUUACCACAGUCACAGUUGAGACCACUGACAUGAUGGGGGAGGAUAGCCAAACACCACUUCCCCCAUUUGGCUGGGUGUCUUCCUCAACAACAAAAGGUACUCCUGUUUCCACAAGGACCACAGAGCGGACUUACACCAUUCCAGUUCUUGAUCCGGAGGGAGAGGGAUCCCUGGAUGAGGUGAUGAAAACCACUAAGAUUAUCAUUGGCUGCUUCGUGGCCAUCACACUCAUGGCUGCUGUUCUGCUGGUUAUUUUCUACAAGAUGAGGAAGCAACACAACCAGCAGGAUCCCGAUGGCCCUGCCUCCUCCAUGGAGGUCAUUACCGUUGAAGAAGAGCUGGCAGGUGUUGCUGCAAUGGAGAGACACCUAUCGCUGCCCCCUCUGGAGCACUACAACCACUACAACACCUACAAGAGCUCUUAUCACCAUCCUCCUAUGCUCAGUACCAUACACAGCUCAGCCACACAGGAACCUUUACUGAUUCAAGCUUGCUCAAAAGACAAUGUACAAGAGACCCAAAUCUGAUUUUAAAUUUGACUAAAUGUCCAGCAUCAGCCGUUACACACUUGGAGUACAAUGGACCAAAACGCAAAGAUAAAAGAAAUUGAAUGCCAUUGACUUCACAGAGUUGAUGUCAAUUAUGGCGAUUAGUCAGCAUUUGGCAAAGGGACGACAUAUGAAACUUUAAAAAGUGUCUUUACAAAAACAAAGAUUAUUUAUUAAAAAUAUGUCUAGUGGCUAAAUGAAGAAAAACAAUUUGUGAUAGCUUUUUAGCUCACUUUAUUUCUCUCUCUCUCUCUAUCUCUCUGUGUAAUACCGCACAAGGGAAAGAAUGGUUUGCUAAAACGGAAACUGAAAGGUAUCAAAUGCAGCAUUCACUAUUUUCAUUGGCCUUAAACUCUAAUGCAAUGCUCUUCAUUCACUACUUACAUUUUAUCUGAUAACACGGUUUAUUGAAGGACAAUGCCCAAGUAUUUACAAGCAUUUAUUUAGUAGUGCAGCACACCAGUUCCAAUUUGAAGGAAGUUUAUGAAACGUGAAAACAUAAAAUGACUUUUUCUUUUCCUCGCCAUGCUAUUCUAGCUGUCACUCAACACAAAAUUAGAUCUUUUAAUGGCACGGCUCUGGAUGAUAUCACAGCGAAGCCAGCGUGCCUGAGGAGCAAAGCUGCCAAAUGAGUAAAUGUGCAUUUCCCCUGUGGCUUCUAAACAACAGCCAUAUAUCCUUCACUUUAAUUAAGAUUAAGGUCUUGCUCCCACUCCUCCUCCCACUUUUUCUUUACACUCUUGACGCUUUACCUUGACUGUCUUUUUUUUCCGCCUUCACCUCCCCCUCCCUCUUCAUACCCCCAUGAAUUCUCCAUGUUGCCGUUUUACCCUCUGUCUUCUUUCUCCUCACUUUCUUCUCCUCCAUGUCCUCUUGCUUCUUUGUCUUGCUGUCGCGUAGCUCGGGCACGUUCCUCACCCCUCGCCAUGUCUCAUUUGUCUCGCUUUAUCUACCGGCAUGUGCCGCACGAUGGCAGAAUAUUGCUUAGGAAAAUGACGGGAAGCAUAAGGCUGUGGUCUGUAGCCUCCCUGUUAACCCAGUAAUGAUCUACGUCCACUCAGUGUCGCAUUACCUUGCCAUCACCCCAGGGUCACACAAGCUCAGGCGCUGAUAGUCCAUCUGUUAGAACAGAUAAAGAGGCAAAUGAGGCUGCUUUGUAAUGUAGUGUGACCCUGUCAGACUAAAGCAGACGGAGCUAACAUAGUCAGUGAAGCAGCUAGGAACCUGCAACAAAAUAAGGGAAGAUGGGUUAUAGCUCAUUAAUCUGUAUCAGCAGUUCAUUUGCAGGCUAACAGAGGAAAGCUGAUAAGGAAACAGCACGAGACUUUUUCACUUUCCCUUUACCCAACAUCUAACAGGGGGUAGAGGCCUUUGAUAUUGAAGCGACCCCCACUCGGCUUUUUUUCUUCGAGGAAAACAAACACACACACUCUCUUUGAUGAUGCAUCAUUUAUAGACCAUCAAAACAUUGUCUCUCCUGUAGUCUGUUUACGCUCCGUUUUUUCAUUUAGUCUUUCAACGGAGAAGGCUUAAGGAAAGGGGAAGGUAGAAUUGAAAAGUGAAGAACAGCAGUUGGGUAGAGGGAGUCAGACCUAUAAUGGUCACGAGGGGUCUUCAAACAGAGAUAUUGCAGAUAUGAAGAGAGAGGAGUGAAAAAAUAGAUAAGAAAUAAGGAGGAAAAACUAGCCAUCAGCCUGUCGCCAUGGAAACAGUGACCUUGUACAGAAAGUAAGAGGAGGUAGAUAUGCCUUUCGCUUUGGUGUCUGUGCAACAAGCAUAUUUUAAUGUGUCCCACUGGCCACUUCACAAAUACAUCUAAUCAUCGACAAAACUGGCAAAAUGAAACGUAGUCUUAUAUUUACAGAUGGCUCUGGACGGGAUAUGACCCACACAUGAUGUCUCUGCGUUUGAGUUAUUUAGUGUAAAUCGUCACAUGAUGUAACCAAAAAAAAAAAAAAACAGUUGACAAUAUAGCUGUCCAGGCAGUUCCGCUUGCCUUUUUAGCUUUCAUCUCUGUGAGGUCUGCUAGAAGUAUGAGGGGAACGGAGUGCUGAAUAUUCAGAAACCUCUCCUGCUCUCGCUCUCUCUAAAUGAAUUCUUUUGUUUUCUACAAUAGCAGUUAGAUGGCGAAUAACAAACAUGACGGAAAAUAUGCAUUUAAAGACUUGGUUAUGAGAGAGAAUCAGUAACUUGUUCCCCGUCAGGGUUGGAAUUUAUUGAUUGGUAAUGCCAGUGAGUGAACCAUUCUUUCCCUUUCCACUGUUUCGUUUUUUUUUCAGUGCUCAAUUCCUUUUCAACGCUUUUGGUGGCUUAAUGAUUCAAUGUUGACGCUGGCUACAGUGAAAAAAACAAGGUUCAGAUUUUUUUUUAUAUAUAUACUUGGGUCGAGGGUUGUGAGUUAUUCAGAAUGAAUGGAAUGUCUCUGUAUUGGUAUUUACUUUAGUUGGACAGUGUAAGAUUGAAGAUCCUUGAAAGCCAGAAUGGAUUUAGGACUGAAUGCAGAAUGUUGGACUUGAAAUACCAGCAGAGUGAGCUUGAUUUUUGUGCAAAAUCCUUAGCCAAGGUGAUUCCAAUUCUUGUGUGUUAUUCUGCCAACUGUCCAUGUAUGGGGAGGGAUACUUAUAUGUUGGGGACAUUCUCUCUCAUUUUCAGAGAGAGUAUUCAUCACACGGUUAAAUUUCUACAAAAGGAAAAAAAAAAUAUUUUCAAAAACACAUUGCAAAAAAGAAAAAAAAAUCAGAUCAUAAUUUUACAUGUGCUUCGAUUGUUUAAAAAAAAUGACAAAAAAGAAAAAACAAAAAAGAAAAAAAUAACAAGAGACUGUGCUUGUAAGGAGUCCAACUAAUUUCCCUGAGGAUGAUGUUCAAUUAUUGAUACAUGAGAUUGUAGUUCAUACUGUACAUGAAUACAAAUAAAAAUUGCAAUUCUUUUUUUUUUUUCAAUAGAUUCCAUGGAUAUAUUAUUACCAGACAUCUUGUCACCAUUUUUGCUGUCUUUGUCCCAUUUGCACAUGAACACAUGUAAAGAAAGACUCGAACAAAAGCGAUUGCUAAGCAGCUCAAAGAAGUCUGAACUGACAAGAAUGCGCUGGAGAAAAAAACCCCAAAACUAAAAAGUACUGUAGCUUAUUUUAUGAGGUCAGAGGAUGGAAGGGGAUCUGUUUAAAAGGAAGUGCUUUUUCUGCAUUAUACAUAGCCUUUUGGAUUCUUUUAGCUAAUAUGAAUCAUCCCAUCUGUCUGACAGAAUCAUUUGAUUCACGCUGUCAAAUCUGAGAAUUCCUUAACCAAUAGCGCAAUAGGCUAUUCCUGCUCUCUCUGCUGACUCAAUGUGGUGAAUAAAGGAUCUCACAGAACCUUAGAGAGUCAGAAGAAUACGCUAACAAUAGCCUGCGCUACUCUCACUGGCACUUUAAAAUGUAUUUAAUGUCGAAUCCGUUAAACCAAAUCUCCACCAGAAACAAUCGUGGUUGGUGUGAAAAAUUACAACAAUUCAGUGAAGAGACCGCUUGUCAUUAUGACACCCACAAAUAGCACAAAAUGGCUUACAGUCACAACUGCCUUUGGGAUUGCUCCAUUUCAUUCACAAAGUGCUUCUGAUAUGGCUGCUCACGUUGUGGUGCAGGAGUCAUUCAGACAGGCUUGUACGAUUCAUCUCGAACGCUAGAAUGUCUUUUCUGAGAUUAUAAUUGAUUCAUUCACCUAAUGAUUUAUUUAUUGAGGUGAAACACUCAGAUACAGUGAAAUGAUUUCAAAUCCAGUUCUGAAACUGAAAAGUGACCCCAUUAAUUUCCAGGUUAUGUAUACGUUAUGAAGGCCAUUUUUUUUUUUUUUU